GCUCCGGAUGCUGCUGCUGCCGCCGCGGCCCCCCCACCCUCGGGCCUCCUCUCCCGAGGCCAUGGACCCGCCGCCCCCCAAGGCGCCCCCUUUCCCCCCGGCGGAGGGCCCUGCGUCCACUGCGUCCUCGGCGGCGGGGCCCCGGCCCCCGCGGCUGGGCCGCCACCUGCUCAUCGACGCCAACGGGGUCCCCUACACGUACACGGCGCCGCUGGAGGAGGAGCCGCGCGGCCCGGCCCCGCGCGAGGCGCCUCCCGGAGAGCCCGGGCCGCGCAAGGGCUACAGCUGCCCCGAGUGCGCCCGCGUCUUCGCCAGCCCCCUGCGGCUGCAGAGCCACCGCGUGUCGCACUCGGACCUCAAGCCCUUCACGUGCGGCGCCUGUGGCAAGGCCUUCAAGCGCUCCAGCCACCUGUCGAGGCACCGUGCCACGCACCGCGCCCGCGCUGGCCCGCCGCACGCCUGCCCGCUCUGCCCGCGUCGCUUCCAGGACGCCGCGGAGCUGGCUCAGCAUGUGCGGCUGCACUGA